AAUAGGUCCCCUUUAGCUAGGUACCUACUGCUUACCACCUAAGGCUUUCGGAUUUUAUGGAAUUCGAUGUUUAGCACGAAGUUGUGUGCCCUUAACGGAUUGAUCUAAUGUACUAGGUACAAUGUACAUGUACCUAUACCCCUCCAUGAGCCUUGCGCCUCAUGUCCUGGAUGAAGCUUCCUCAAUAUUGUAGGUAGCUCCUACACCUACACCUACAACAAUUAGCAGCCUAGGUAGUUGCGUUCUGGUGGUUACCUAGUUGCCUGCUUGCCUGAAGGAUGUUUUAGAUCUUAGUAACAAAUAAACGGUCAAAGAGUUUGGUCUGUGGCAUAAUCAAACUCAAUCUUUAAAACUUCCUUGAACCUUGUCACUCUUAACUUUCGUAAUUCAUUCCCAUCUUCUUUCACCAACGUCCUCGUCCGUACUAUCUUCCAACUUCACCCGUUUAUCUUCUCUCAAAAUGGCAUGUCCACACCUUGAUUCCAUCUCCUUGAGUCCUCCGACGCCAGCUCAGUCGGUCUAUCGUGAAGACUGCACCCAGUGUUUCGAUUCUAUUGAUGAGCCUCAAGGUCUCGAUGUUUGCCUACAAUGUUUCAAUGGAGGCUGUCUGGGUGUGAGAGCUCAUUCGCAGCUUCACCAUGUUACCAGUAGUCACCCUCUUGCUCUUAACAUUCGUCGAACUCGAAAGCGAGUCGUUAAAGAUGAACCUCCCGCGAAGAUGACCAAGCUAGCGAUCGCCGCCGAGACCGAAGCCGACCGCUAUGAUAUCACAACCACCGUUAGAUGCCUCGAGUGCUCUACGGAGCUCGACAAGACUAGCCCUAAGUUAGCACCCAUCGUCGACAGUGUCCUUAAAGCGAAUACAUUCUCGCGAAAAGAAGAGGUCAAAGCCUGGGAACAAGAGCUUACUUCUUGCGAGCAUAUCCUUCUACUGCAACAACACGAAAGCCGAAUACUUCAAAGCGAUUUAGGCCACUGUUCUAAGUGUGAACUCAAGGAGAAUCUGUGGUUAUGUCUAGAAUGCGGUAACUUGGGCUGCGGUCGAGCUCAGUUCGGUGGUGUAGGAGGCAACUCUCACGGCUUAGCACACGCUACUGAGUCGAAGCAUGCGGUUGCUGUCAAGCUGGGAUCCAUCAGUCCGGAGGGCACCGCAGAUGUAUACUGUUACCAAUGCGAUGAAGAGCGCGUGGAUGGCGACCUCGCAACUCACCUAGCACAUUGGGGUAUCAUACUCUCCAACCAGGUGAAGACGGAGAAGAGCUUGACCGAGAUGCAGAUCGAGCAGAAUCUACGAUGGGAAUUCUCUAUGACUACAGAAGACGGAAAGGAACUUAAGCCGUUAUUCGGACCCGGCUUGACAGGAUUAAAGAAUCUGGGAAACAGCUGCUAUCUCGCUAGUAUACUACAGUGUUUAUUCGAUCUUCCCGCUUUCCAGACACGGUACAAUAUACCCGAGGUUGACCUACCCAUCGUGUCCGACCCGGCUCAGGAUCUAGAAACACAACUUCGCAAGCUAGGGGAUGGCUUAUUAUCAGGCCGUUAUUCUAAGUCGGACACCGAUGUUGUGGCGUCCGAGAAUUCACCAGAGAUCCCUCAUCAGAAAGGGCUAUCGCCUAGCAUGCUGAAGCACCUCAUCGGCCGGGGUCACGACGAGUUCUCGACGAUGCGCCAACAGGAUGCCUUUGAACUUCUACAACAUCUUGUCAAACUCAUUACUAGAUCACAACACCCUGCUCCUCUCUCUGACCCUACUCAGCCUUUCAGAUUCGCGCUCGAGCAACGGCUGCAAUGCCUAAGUUGCAAGAAAGUACGAUAUACAACCAAUGAGCAGGACAGUAUCUUCAUCGAUGUACCCAUAGAAAAAAUACCGGCUGCAGAGGGUGAAGGGAUUCGCUACAAGCCAGUUUCGCUCAAAGAAUGUCUUGACAACUUCACGGCUCAAGAGGCGGUAGAGUUAACGUGUGCGUCAUGCGGAAGCAAGGAUGGGUUCACAAAGCGAUCCCUAUUCAAGACCUUCCCAACUACACUUAUAGUCAACGCGCGAAAGAUGACGGUGGAGAAUUGGGUCCCUCGCAAGGUUGACGUUCCUGUCUUGGUGGGGGAUGAGCCGUUCCCUCUCGACGAGUACCUCUCGUCCGGACUCCAGUCGUCCGAAGAGCCGCUACCUGAAGAGGAAGCUGCCGCUGCCCCGGCAUUUGUUCCCAACGAGGCUGCGCUAGAAGGAUUGAUGGCAAUGGGAUUUCCUCGCCCCCGCUGCGAGAAGGCCCUGCACGCAACCGGCAACUCAGACGCCAACUCGGCUAUGGAGUGGUUAUUCGGUCAUAUGGAGGACCCCGACAUCGACGAGCCUCUAGUUAUUUCAUCAGCCGCCCAGGGAGGUAGUGCCGCGGCGGAUCCCGAAAAAAUCGAAAUGCUUGGCGCUAUGGGAUUCGGUGCACCGCAAGCUCGCAAAGCUCUGAAGGAGACCAACGGAGACGUCGAACGUGCCGUUGAAUGGUUAUUUAGCCAUCCGGACGAGCAAGGCGAUUUUGGCGAGGAGGCUGGUUCGUCUACGGGAGAGAAGAAAGAGGCUACUCCCGCAGGUAGCGCAGAUUUACCAGCCAAAUUCCAGCUGCAGAGUAUCGUAUGUCACAAGGGCACCAGUAUUCACACAGGACAUUAUGUGGCAUUUAUUCGCAAACUGUUGGAUACUACAUCGCCCAAGUGGGUACUUUUCAACGACGAGAAGGUGGUCGAAGCAGGCGAUGUAGAAGAGAUGAAGAAGACGGCUUACGUCUACUUCUUCAACCGUAUAAACUGAUUGGGAGCAACGGAGUCUAGUGAACAGACGGGUAGGCGGGGACAAAUCGGUGUAUAUGGCAGUAGGUAGUUAGAGGCCCCUUCAUAGAAACCCAAGGAUUGAGGGAUGACGCAUCAUGACUUUCGAAGAAGCACAGGAAUUUUUUUAAAAAAAAACGAAAUAAAGACAUAGACAGUUGGUGGGAUGCUCAGUAGUUGACCGAGAUAGACAUGGGUACCUAUUCAUGUCGUAGAUUACCCAAGCUUAGUCCUGUUAUGUAUUA